AUGCAGCUUCGACAGGCGACGUUCGUCCUACCAAAAACAGGCCAACGCUUGAAGGGCCUCGUUAAUUUGCGAAGCUCGCAAAACCGCGCGACCAGCCGCAACGAUGAAGAGCGGCGGGGUCUUCUCUCUGGGGAAGUGUCCACGAACCAUUCGGAUAUCCCCUCACGCAUUUGGAAAACGAUCUCAGAUAGAUGGAUCUGGGUAUAUGCAUUUGUCACCUCCGAGCCCGGGAUAGGAGUCUUGAAAUGCAGUUUGGCUUAUCUACUUGGAUCCCUUGCGACUUUCAUUCCUGCAAUUGCGGCAUUUCUGGGUCACCAAGAUGGCAAGCAUGUGGUGGCCACCGUGACGGUAUAUUUUCAUCCGGCGCGAUCAAAGGGCAGUAUGUACAAGGCAUUGAUAUGCGCUUUCCUGGCCUUCCUCUACGCGGCCUUCAUCUCCGUCACGAGCAUGUGUGUUAGUAUGUUCUUCCAGGAUAUCUUGGAUCAACGCGCAAUAGGCCAUGCGGUUGUCCUCACUGUAUUCUGCGGAGGUGGCUUGGGCUUCAUCGGUUGGACGAAGCAAAGAUUCGGCGAUCCGCUCGUGAACGUUGCUUGUUCCCUGGCCUCACUUGCGUCCAUUACAGUCUUGACGAAGGAGGGAGCAGUUCAGAGUGGAGACCUCUCUUUUGUGAAGGUCUUCCAGGUUUUGAAAAUGGUCAUCAUGGGCGUCGCCGUUACUAUGACCGUGUCCUUCUUGAUAUUUCCGGUCUCUGCGCGGAAAAAGUUACGGUCGAAUCUCGCUACUGUGACUGAAACGCUGGCGAUCAUGUUAGCACUUAUAACAGACAGUUUCCUGAGCGGAUCAGAGGAGGAGCUUCAGUCGGCAGAGUUUCUUGAUGCAGCUCAGCGGCAUAAGAAAGCGUACUCACAACUCGAUAACCUCGUCCGCGAGGCGAAACUCGAGCAUUACGUGGUAGGCACCGAAAGAGAGUACAGACUGGAGAAGAACCUAGUUCGGUGGGUCCAAGAUAUCACACACAACAUGGGAGGUCUACGAAGUGCUGCUUCUCUGCAAUUCCAACUGCUGAAGCAAGCUAAGUUGGCCGAGUCAGCUCAAAAAGAUGGCUCUGAUUGGGCCAACCGCAUGCCCUCUCUGAGUCCAUAUUCUCCGCAUGAGCGCAGUAACAUUCUUGAAUCAAUCGACGAAAGACCUGAAGAGGAGGAAGGCCAAGGUAAUGAAGACCCGAUUCGGAGCGACGGAAACCAGUCUGAUGUGGAUUCGUUACGUGACGGGGGAUCUGAUUUCGAGCACAGCCUCCAUCCCGAGGGUUUAUUUGCUCUGUUCAUUAGCCAUUUGGGACCUUCUAUGCGAUCACUUGCCUUUACACUGAAGGAGAUUUUCAAAGAGAUCCCAUUCACACCUGCGCCUGACUUCAGAGUUUCCACUGACAGUCGAUUCCAUAUCAGCCUUGACCGCGCGCUAGACCUCUACCAAGAAUCCCGAGAAGAGGCUCUGACAGUCAUAUACCGGAAGAAAGAUCUACUGGAGAUCCAAACGCUAGAGGUAGAAGCUGAUCUCGAGGAAGUUUCUGCCAGCUGUGGUCAUUUCAGUUUCUCACUGUUGGAAUUUGGUGAGCAGCUGAAAGAUCUGCUCACAAUCUUAGAUGAACUCCAGCUUGAAGCCGAAGAGAGACCGAAUGGAAGAUCAUGGAAUUGGCUGAAAAUCUGGCGUUGUGGGAGGGCCGAUGUUAAGAGCAAGGGACCUUGGGACUCUGAACAACCACUGAUUGGACCAUCUACAGGGGAAGGGAUUCCUCAGUCAAAUGGGGCUAAUCCCUCCUCCUUAGAUGCGAGACCUAUCCCUUUGCCCAACAGUCUAGAGAACUCCCCUGCGAAGAAAAGUCUUGGCUAUCGAAUCUGGAAGUCAUUUGGAGUGUUUCGACGAGAAGACACGAAAUUCGCAAUCAAGGUCGGCACGGGUGCAGCUCUCUACGCCCUCCCGUCCUUUAUCGAAUCCACUCGGCCUCUGUAUUCCCACUGGCGAGGCGAGUGGGGCCUGUUGUCCUACAUGUUGGUCUGUUCAAUGACCAUUGGGGCAUCCAACACCACCAGUUACUCCCGUUUCUUUGGUACCUGUCUAGGAGCUCUCUGCGCGAUUACCGCAUGGUACGUGACCGAUGCAAAUGUAUUCGGGCUUGCCAUUCUAGGUCUCCUGAUGUCGGUUUGGACCUCGUACAUCAUCGUUGUCAAAGGGAAAGGCCCAAUGGGCCGGUUUAUUAUGCUCACAUACAACCUUUCAGUGUUGUAUGCCUACUCGCUUGCGCAGAAAGAGGGCAAGGAUGACGAGGAUGAAGGGGGUGAUUCCCCGAUCAUCACCGAUAUAGCUCUUCAUCGGGUUGUAGCGGUUUUGUCUGGUUGUAUCUGGGGUAUCAUCGUAACGCGAUUGAUUUGGCCUAUUAGCGCACGCGACGAGCUGAAGGACGGCCUGAGCUUGCUGUGGCUCCGUAUGAGCCUGAUCUGGAAGCGGUAUCCCUUGUCUCUCAUGGUCAAAAACGAGCACUCCAUGGGCUUCAUGACUCCAAGAGAGAAGCUAGAGAUUGAACGAUUCAUUUCUCGAUUAGAGUCUCUUCAGGCUGCUGCAAGCGCAGAGUUUGAGUUGAAAAGUACGUUCCCGACUGCUGCAUAUGGCAACAUCCUUCGUCGCACACGAAGCAUGGUGAACGCAUUUCACGCCAUGAAUCUUGAAAUGCUCAAGAACGUGACUGCAUCAGAGGGCGAAGUAGCUUUGCUUGACUACACAGCUCAUGAACGAGAGCAACUCUCUGCUCGCAUCAGCCACCUAUUGUCAGUGAUGGCAUCGUCCAUGAAGCUAGAGUAUCCAUUGAACGACGUACUUCCUAGCAUCGAGCAUGCAAGAGACCGGCUUCUUGCUCGCAUCUUCCACUAUCGCAAAGAUCCAGAGGCCUCUCGCCUAACGACCGAUGAAGACUAUGCCUUGCUCUAUGCCUACAUUCUGGUAACGGGCCAGUUGUCCACCGAAAUUGUAGAAAUUAUGGGAGAGAUCGGUAGGUUAUUUGGUGUGCUCAACGAGGACGUAGUCAAGUUAUUUUACUAG